GGUGGCGGCGGCGGCUGAGGCUGAGCCAGGCGGCGGGUAGAAAAUGGCGGAUUUCGAGGAGCUGAGGAGAAAUAGGUUGUACCAGGAUUGCAGUAACUUCUGAGAACUUUCUUGUUGAUAGUGUGGUUUUCUGUCGGAGAGUUUCAUUACAGAAACAUGGUGACCCUUUUAAGAAAACGUCGCCUACUAAGACAAGCAAGAAACUUAGCUAAGAAACAACAGGAAACUACCUCAGCAGCUUCUAACCUACAAAAUAUGGUAUCGAGUUUUCGUGUCUCUGAACUUCAAGUGCUGUUAGGCUUUGCUGGACGUAAUAAAAGUGGGCGCAAACAUGACCUCCUGAUGAGGGCAUUGCACUUGCUGAAGAGUGGCUGCAGCCCAGCAGUUCAGAUAAAGAUCCGAGAGCUCUACAGGCGCCGGUAUCCCAGGACAAUAGAAGGUCUUUCGGACUUGUCUGCUAUAAAACCAUCAGUCUUCAAUUUGGACAGUAGCUCAUCUCCCGUGGAAUCUGAUUUGGCUGUUGCUGGACUGCAUCCAAUACCCUCUACUUCAGUCACUCCUCAGUCCCCUUCCUCACCGCUUGGUUCUGUGCUACUUCAGGACACAAAGCCUCGAUUUGAGAUGCAGCAGCCAUCGCCUCCAGUUCCGCCAGUGCAUCCUGAUGUUCAGCUGAAAACCCUCCCGUUUUAUGAUGUGCUUGAUGUUCUUAUAAAACCUACGAGCUUAGUACAGAGCAGUAUUCAGAGAUUCCAAGAGAAGUUCUUUAUCUUUGCUUUAACACCUCAACAAGUGAGAGAAAUCUGCAUUUCAAGGGACUUUUUGCCAGGAGGCAGAAGGGAUUACACUGUGCAAGUUCAGCUGAGGUUAUGCCUGGCAGAAACAAGCUGUCCCCAAGAAGAUAACUACCCUAGUAGUUUAUGCAUAAAAGUAAAUGGGAAACUCUUUCCAUUGCCGGGAUAUGCUCCACCACCCAAAAAUGGUAUUGAGCAAAAGAGACCUGGACGACCCUUGAAUAUUACGUCCUUAGUCAGGCUAUCCUCCGCAGUGCCAAACCAGAUUUCAAUUUCCUGGGCAUCUGAAAUUGGAAAGAAUUACUCGAUGUCUGUGUACCUUGUACGGCAGCUCACAUCAGCAAUGCUGCUGCAGAGGCUAAAAAUGAAAGGCAUUCGAAAUCCCGAUCAUUCCCGGGCGCUAAUUAAAGAAAAACUUACAGCUGACCCAGAUAGUGAAAUUGCCACUACCAGUCUGCGGGUGUCGUUGAUGUGUCCUCUGGGGAAAAUGAGGCUGACAAUUCCGUGCCGUGCUGGUACAUGUACCCACCUGCAGUGCUUUGAUGCUGCACUCUAUCUACAAAUGAAUGAAAAGAAGCCUACCUGGAUAUGUCCUGUGUGUGACAAGAAAGCAGCAUAUGAGAGUCUCAUCUUAGAUGGGCUCUUUAUGGAAAUUCUAAAUGAAUGUUCGGAUGUAGAUGAGAUCAAAUUUCAGGAGGAUGGUUCCUGGUGUCCUAUGAGGCCGAAGAAAGAAGCUUUGAAAGUAGUUAGCCCACAGUGCACCAAAAUAGAAAGUUCCAGCAUGGUCAGCAAGCCAUGCUCCAUGCCCAUCGGUGAAGUCAGCAAGAAGAAAGUUGAUGUCAUUGAUCUUACUGUUGAGAGCUCAUCUGAUGAAGAGGAAGAUGCGCCUCCCAAAAGGAAAUGCAUAUAUAUGUCUGACACACAAGCAAGUCCCACCAAAGGGGUGCUCAUGUAUCAGCCAUCUUCUGUACGAGUCCCUGGGGUGAGCACAGUGGAUCCUACUGCUAUUCCACCCUCAUUAACGGACUACCCUGUACCAUUCCAUCAUCCACCAAUAUCGAGUAUUUCAUCAGACUUGCCUGGUUUGGAUUUUCUUUCUUUAAUCCAAGUUGAUCCACAGCAGUACUGUGCUCCUAUGUUUUUGGAUAGUCUCACCUCGACGUUGCCCACGAGCACCACCCCCGGCAACAUCAUCACCUCCACCAGCCACCAUGAGAGCAGCACUCGUGUUAGUUCCUCAGGCCGGAGCGAGACAGCGGUUAUCACCAGCAGCGGGAGCAGCAUUCCUGACAUCAUCUCCCUGGACUAAAAGCUGGCGAAACCUGCCAGUCUGGAACUGCAGAGAGCUGCCAUGCGCAUGCCUAAAUCCACGGACCAUCUGCUGCUUGGACCUUAUUUUGGGUAUUUAUUGAAGGAAGAAAAUGGAUUGUGUCACCCUCUCUACAUGUGUAAUUGACAGUACAACUGCAAGAGGAAGAAAACUGACUGGAAGGAAUUGUGGUUUUUUGUUCUUGUGAUCAUCUUGGGCUUUUACUUCUCUCUCUACUUGGGAAAAAAUUAUGAUCUGUUUUUGUUUCUUUGAAGAAGUCAAGCCUUUCAAGCUUAUUAUGAAGAAACUGACAUGGCUUUGCUACAUGGAUUCCAUACGCUAAUUUUAUUUUUUUUGUUACAUCUAGCAAUAAUGUAAACAGUUUUUUAAAAGAAAAAUUAAAAAGGCACUUAAUUACUCUGGAAUGACAGGAGCCUAUGUUUUUCCCAGAUGUAAGGACAAGAGAAAAGGAGUUACGUUUGUUUGCGUUCUUGACCUUUCACUGGGGCUUAGAAUAAAUCUUCAAUGGAGAGGAUGAAUCUUUGUGAAACAGUUGUUUGAAUUUACACUUUCUUCCCUUCCUCUCCAGUCACCAUCUCUUUCCCAAAUCCGGAUUAUUAUUUUUUUCAUAUUUGGAAGUUUAUGCUGCUCAGAGACUAUUCAGUUACAAGUGGGGAAAAAAAAAGCACAAGAAUGUGGGAGGCGGGAGAGAAGGAAAGAAUGCUAUGCAAAGUCAGCUUCAUGCAUCUAAUCCAUUUUCAUUAAAAUGUGAAUGCAAAGCUUAGUAAUUUGCUUUCAGGACAUGGGUUAUUGCUUCUAGGUUUGGUGUGAGGAGGCAUCCUAGAACGAGUUAGCCCUCCCUAUCACCCAAGAAAGGAAGGGAUCCUGUGUCAAAAGAUCUUACAUUAGGCAUGGUACCCUCUGACUCAACACCAAGGUCUUCCUUGCCUUUUGCCCAGCACAGCUCACUUUGAGAAGUUGUUCAGUCUUACCAAUUCUGAAUUCUUUUGUCAUUAAUCCUUUCUAAUUCUAAAGUGUUAACUCCUCAGUCCUUUUCACUUCUCCCUGUCCUCAGCCUAUUUUUUUUUUUAAAAAAUCCAAGCCUAUAAAGCCAAAGGCAACAGCCAUUCAAUGCUGGGCAGCUAGAAACAACCAGUGCUCCUCAGACUGCAUCCAGCCUGACAUGAGGUUUGGAAGAAGGGCAGUAUGGUGGUGGGGCCAUGAUUGUGCUACUCCUUCAAAUCUAUCCUUUGCUUGCUAAAAAGACACGCCCUUCUGCAAACAGUAGGACACACAAGGAAUUAAUCACUUUGGUCUGUUGGACUGGGACUCAGAGAUCCGGGUUCUACUCCCCACUCAGCCAUGAAGCUCAUUGGUUUACUUUGGGCCAGUUACUGACUCUCAGCCCAACCUACCUCACAGGGUUGUUGUUGUGAGAAUAAAAUGGAGAGGAAGAAGACCAUGUAGGCCACCUUGGUUUCCUUGCAAGAGGAAGAAAGGCAGGGUAUAAAUGUAAAUAAAUAAAACAAAAAAAUAAAUAAAGCCCUACAGCCCUACGACAGUUUCUUCCUCCAACUUAAUGUCAGCCACCAACCAAUCCUAAUAAUGAAGUUGGCUGUUGCACAUCCCAUUCUUGGCUGUGUCCUCACACCAAACUGAGAACAGAACAUUGGUCCCUUACUGUGAAGGUUCCUUUUGGUUUGGUGUGACUGAGGCAUUCAGAGCGCACCCUAGCACUGGCGUCUGACUUGCACACCUGAUUGGCUUCAGCUGUGGCUGCACUUGUUUUUUCCUGCACCUUAUCCAAAGUGGAGGUGCUUGUUUCUUCCCGUAUUGUCCUUUCUCGUUCACCCUCUAUGCACAUAACACUCCACGAAUCACUUUCUGUCAUAAGCUUGACCAUGGGACAGAACUAGUGGUGAAACCAGAUGGUCCUUAGCCUAAUGCAAGAUCUCUUGCCCCAUGACCCUUGCCUUUCCUGAACCGUGGGGAAAGGUAACCUAUUCUUUGAUGCUUCUGUCGCUUCAGAAAGGAAACUUCAUGGUAAGUGACCAAUAUUCUGUUCUUGAAUGAAGGGGCAAAGAAAAGCCAUUCUGUUGCUCUUAAGUCCUGCAAAAUGGCCAGUGCUUCGGAUUUGACUGUGGUGCUAAGCUUCUGCUGAGUUACUUUGUGUUAUGCCACAUUUUGUAUCAUAAACUGUUUUUAUAACUAUAACUCAUAUAACUUGAUCAAGCUGCUGCUAGACUGAUUCUCAUUCUCUUUAGGGCAGCUGUGAGAAUGAUAUACUUGAUGGGACACACUAGGGUCCAUAUCAGAUCUCUUAAAGUUUUUUUUAGAAAACUAAUUGGAAGAGGCUAAUGAGUGCGCUUUAAGUACCAUUGUUGAAAAGUUUACACCUUGAUCCAGUUAGUCCUGGUUCAGAUGAGGCCGUUGUGAAAUCACCUCCAGUGGAGAGGGAGGUUUCCCCAGAAUAUUACUUCCUUAUCAGGAAGCAUCCCAACAAUAGGAAUUCUGCAGGUGGAGUGCAACUUCAUCUGCAGCGUUCUUACCAGAUUUUAAUGCCGGGAAUCCUCCAUAAUGGGGAAAAACGUGUGAAUGGGCCCUUUUUGUUAACUGUUUUUCCAUAGCCAGACUUCACACCUGAGAAGCACCAAGUGCAAAUUUAAGUGGUGCAACGUUGAGAGGAUCUGGAAGACUACGUUUAAAGCAAAGUAGAGCUAUCUUGGCAGGGAAUUGCAGGGUUGAUUUUGUUGUGUAUAACAGUGGGUGUAGGCAACCCAGUGCCCUCCAGAUUUUUGCACUGCAAUUCCCAUCAGCCCCAGCCAGUGUAACCAAUGGUAGAGGAUUAUGGGAGCUGUAGCCCAAAACAUCUGGAGGGUACUACAUGUAACAGACCAUAUUCUGAAGAUCAUAUAGGCACAGUUAGGGAAAACAUGUUGGCCUUAUCUUAAAGAGGGCCUGCAAGCCUUCCAGUCCAAAGGCUCCUUAACCUUUAAUAGCUACAUGAGUAUUUUAAGCAGUAUAGCAGGGGUGUGAAAAGCUGGGUAACUCUCACUAUAAUUUGGGGGGGGGGAGAACAGGAAAGGGUAUUCCUGCUGCCACAUGCCGCAAGCCCAUCCCUGCUACGUUUUCCAAUUUGUAGCCCUAAAGACUAAACUGCAAUUACAUUGUAGUGUUGAUCUUUUGCUAAUAUUUGUAGUGUAUCUGGACUAAGUAUACAUAAGAGAUGCCUAAAUGACCAGGUAUGGUUUCCCUUUUCCCCAUAUCACCACCUAAGCUCCAGUUCUCAGCUCCUGUUAUGGAUACUGCAUUGCAUUAGAUCGCCAUGUGUUUAGUUAGCGCAUAAUUAAGCAGUCUGGUAUUGUUGCGCUUUUGUCCUUAAAACGAUGCGGUCUGCUCGUUUAAUAUCCAUUCACUGCUAGUGUGUUUCCCCUGAAUCCGUGACUGACUGCGUAUCAGAUAAUUUGCUGUGUUAGAGCUCUGCAGAUCCCAGGAGAUGAGGUAGAUUCACUGAGUCAGGUGAUGUGUCCCAUUUUUUCAGAGCUUGAAAUGUAACUUUGUGAAACCGAGUCAAAUUCUAAGCCAUAUUCUUGUACUAGAUAACAGGAGACAACUGUUCCAAAACGGAGAUUUUUGCCUUGUAAGCAUAUUUUGUAAACAGGUCUUCAGCCUAUAGAAACAAUGUCUAUGAUGUGCCAAGCGAGUAGCAGUAACUAUGGGACAAAUGGGCAUACUAUGCUUAGAGGCCAAAAGGUCUCUAUAAACGUUACCUGAUUUAUGUAUCUAGGGUUCUUGCAUUGGAAACCAUUAAGUGAAGCAGCCUGCUUCCUGAGGAAAUAAAAUUCAAAAUUCUACCAAAUAA